CACGUGAUGUACACUCGUAACAAAAUGGCGAACGUACACCAAAAAUUUUCUGGAAUUACGCUUAUUUUCUUCCUAUUUAUCGUCUCCUGCAAUGAAAUCAGCGCUGAAAUUGCAGACCGGUUAUCCAAAGAAACUAUAGCAACUUUAGGCUUUGGCAUGAGCCAAGAUGUGCCUUUAAAAUUACAUAAAAGAGACUUGAAAUCACAAGUGUUUUCUCGUUCAAAAAGAUUUCGUCGUGAUGAUGCCAGCGACGCAAAAUGCAAGGAAGAAAAGAGCACUUUUCAAGACGCCCUGAAAUCUCACAAAGACGGUUUUCUGACUAACUUCACCUUUGUAAAUGAAACAAAGACCAGUUUAUCUAUUGUGUGGGGCAUGGACAGUGCUGAUAAAAGAAUCAUUAUUGUGGUGGUGGCAGAAGAAUUUCUUGGCAUGUUGGCCAAGCCUUCAUCAGUGUAUAUCAGUGACGAUGAUGGAGGCCACUUUGUAAACAUCGACGACAGAGUCAAAGUUAACAAAGCCCCUGCUUACAUCAAGAAGGGAAAUGGUGUCCAAAAAUCACCUAACAGUCAAAAAAAGAUCAUUUUGGUUGGCCACGACCAGGCCUCAACAACUGCACUCUACAUCACUGAUGAUGGUGGGCACAAGUUCAACAUCUAUACCGCCCCAUUCCUCCUUGCAGAUGCAUUUGUUUGGCAUCCAAAGAAAGAUGAAUGGUUGUUGGCUCGGGCUGCGGACUCCACUAACCUCUAUCUUUCAACUGACCUUGGAAGGACAUGGAAACAGAUUUCAACCAAUGUUGUCAAGUUUAAAUGGGGUGUGAGUAAUGAUGACAAGGAACAGACUAUCUUCCUGACUCGCGAUCCUAGUGGUAAACCAGUCCAUUCACCGACUGAUAUCAAAUUCUACCCCCUGUUCAAGACCACAAAUAAUGGUGAAUCGUGGAAAAUCAUCAAGGAGAAUGCCUACACAUUCGGCAGCGAAGGCAAGUUCUUGUAUGCUUCGAUACAGAAGAAAGGGACUCCACGAGAGCGGCUGAUGGAAGUGUCCACAGAUGGAGGUCAAACAUGGAAUGAGGCCCAGUUGCCCACAAUCACACAUGACAGGUUUUACUCCAUCUUAGACAUGUCAGAGGAUAUGAUCUUCAUGCAUGUGGAUUCACCUGGAGACUCUGGUCACGGCACCCUGUACUCAUCUGAUUCAACUGGCAUUGUUUUUGCCGAAUCCCUGGACAAGCAUCUGUAUCCAAACUACCAAGAUGUGACCGAUUUCUACAAAGUGAAGUCACUGCGUGGUGUCUAUCUUGCCAGUCAGAUGGCCGACGAUAAAAGCAUCCAUACUGUAAUCACGUUCAAUCGAGGUGCAGAGUGGAAGCCCGUACGUCGUCCUUCAGGAGCACCGUGCAAAGAUGAAUCAAAACCCUGCUUCCUGCAUAUCCACAACAUGUACAGUUUGUCUCGAGGUAUACAAUCUCAGCCUCCAUUGUCGACUCCGGAAGCUACUGGCAUCAUAAUGGUUCAUGGCCAUGUUGCUGAUGCUCUCCAAACGACACCUCCUGAUGUUUACGUCUCAAGUAAUGGCGGAUAUGACUUCAUCAAGUCUCUUGACGGACCCCACCACUACCAGAUUGCAGACCAAGGUGGUCUCCUAGUGGCUGUCCCCUCCAGCACCAGAACACCACAGAUCAUCAAAUUCUCCACAGACGAAGGACGCUGCUGGCACGAGUAUAAAUUCACAGACAAGGAACUCAUAUUUACUGGCUUGUUAACUGAACCUGGAAACAAGGCUAUGCAUAUUGGACUCUGGGGUUUUGGUGUUGCUGACAGAAAAUGGAGAGUCACUAUCAUCAACUUCCAAAAUGUUAUCAGCAAACCUUGCUCAUCGGGUGACUAUGAGACGUGGCAAGCACACAGUGAGAUGCUUCAUGGCUCUGACCCCAACGACAAGGGAUGCCUACUGGGUGUAAAGGAGACAUUCCAAAGGCUCAAGAAGGAUUCUUGGUGUUUUAAAGGACGAGAUUGGAAGCCUCAGGUCAGCAAGGAGACAUGUACAUGCACAAAGGAUGACUAUGAAUGCGAUUAUGGUUACUGGCGACCUAUCAACAAGUUAGAAUGCACGAGAAAUAAAAAUGUUACGCAAGAAGUUAUCUGUCUCCAUGGGAAAGAGGAGAAGCUAAUCACACAAGGGUACAGAAAAAUCCCUGGUGACAUCUGUACCGAUGGGUUUGAACCAAAGGCUGAUAAACAACAGGAUCUUUUUAAAAAAUGUUCAGAGGGAGAGAAGUUUAUCAACCCUGAAUCUAAUGCCAAGGCUGGAGCUUCACCAAAAUCUGGCGGCUCAGCUGGUCUUGUUGCUGGUGUCGUCGUCAUUGUCUUAGUUCUCGUCCUCUUGAUGACAGGAUUCUUUGUAAGAAAGUGCUAUCUGCUGAGAAAAACAAAUGUAACAUAUAAAUAUUCCAUGCUUCAUCAAAACGAAGAGUACGAUUAUGACAACGAUUUUGAGAAUGCACUCUCAACAUCGCAUUCUUUAUAUCAAGAUUCUGAGGAAGAGGUGAUGGCCAAUUUUGGACUACCACCACCCCAUUCCCAGGCUUUGGGGAUGACCAGUCACACCCAGGAGGUUGACAAUUCCUCUCAGUCCAAAUUAGCCAAUGGCCGCCCCAAGAUCCCACGACCAGUCGCUAACGGAAAGCCGAAGGUCCAGUCAUACCAUGAUGAUUCAGAUGAUGAUAUGCUAGAGUGAGGGCAGAUGACACACACACUUCGUUCGGAUAAUAGAGACAUUCCAUACUGGUUCUGGCCAGUGAAUACCAGACUAUUCAAAGAUGCUCCAUGUUAUAUAAGAUGAUUCUAAGUUAAUCGGAUAAAGAUUGUACCAUCAAUAUUCAACAGCACGUACACAGAGAGAUACUUGUUGAGUUCUCAGAAGCGUAAUUCUAUACAUUUGUUUCCUAACGACGGACUGGAGACUUUAUAGGAACUCUGUUGACAGUCCUUCUUUGAAAAAAUGGCCAGUGUUCUUAAUUUUUUUUAACCAAAUUUUUUUGAAGAGGUGAAAUUACCUAUUUAAAAAAAGGAUUGUUCAUAUUUAGUUCUUCUUGUUUAGAAGUACCUACAGUACAUGUAUGGGUGUCUUGACAAGGUUAAACAUAGUAAAAUGGAGGGAAUAUGUAAAUAUAAAAUACAUCAUGCAUUGAUGGGUUAAAAAUCUUACUGAAAAGUGACAAAAUUAUCAACCUCGAGGAUUUUUCACAAAGAAUUUAUUACAGAUUGUAAGUUAUUGGAUGUAAAAUCAUAUAAACUGGUAUUUUUCUGUGACAAUUACGGAUGUAAAUAUAGAACGCUUUGAUGGGGCUGCCAUAAACUGGAUUAAUCCUAGAUGUAGCAGGCAGUCUAAAGUGUUUUUUUAAUUGAUGAUAACAUUAUGAGUGUGUCUUACCUGGAUGGAAAAGAAAAGUUUUUGGUUUGUUUUUGCCUGAGAUAACAUUUUUUGCUCAGACAUAGUUUCACUUUACUCCUCUUCAUGAAAAAAUGGCACUUGAUUUUUGGUGAUUAUUCACAGAAAUUAAGAUAUUCAAACAGAAUGUCAUAUUUCAUCUGAAACUUCAAUGUCCAAAGUAUCUUAAAAUACUUACCUGUAGUUUGCCAGAAUCGGACAAAGCAUGACCAAGAAUGGGUCACAUCAUUUGCUGGUUUAGGCUAGCUUGCACGCAGUGCCAUUUUUUUCAUAAAAUGGAGUAUAGGUGACUACAUUUGAUAUGUGAGGAAUUUGUUUUGCGUUUGGUUGUGAUGUACACUAUCUCUUGCUACAAUUUCAUGUUGAAAAAUUAGCCCCAGAUCUUGCUGCAAUAAUAUGUUUAGCUUUUUGUAGGCAGUCGCAGCAAUUCUGAAGUAUUCUAAACCUCUUCAUUUUAUGCAGGCCCUAAUCUUUUUGUGAGAGGGGUUACAAUAACGAACUUUCAGGGGGUAAAACUGUUGAACCUAAUAAUUUUGUUAUUGGAAAAUGCACCCUUUGCAUCACUUGAUGGAAGCAAAGACUGAAAAGGAUGUUUUCAUAAAAAAUUAAGGAGUUUAUAGUAGUCAAGAUUGCAAUUAUUAGGUAAAACUUUCUAAGCAGAGCUUUUAUCAUCAAUCGGAAGUCUAUGUCAGUGGACAUUGGAACGACAUGAUUCUUGUAAUAAGCUUAAGCUUUGGAAUUGGGAGUCUACUUGCUUUGAUAUUGGCCUAAAAGCUCACAGACUGAUUCUGUUCUGGUGUAGGUGAUAAACCUUGAAAUGCGAUUUCAUUCUGUUGAGAGUUCUUUCAGUCUAGGAGAACUUUCAGUCCAUUCUUUUUGCUAUUCAUUGUUUGCUACUCAUUUAGUAUUCAUGCUCCAACAAAUUUGAAACUCGCAUAAUUACAAAAUACAACAGCUACUAUAAAUAUUAUGCAAAAAAUGUUGUUUGUUCACUCGGGCAGUGCUCCCUUGGAGCAUUCAUACUGCAUGAUAUUCCAGUUAGUACGUGUACUCUUCAUACCUUUAAUCAAUUUCAUGCAAAUAAUGUAAAUAAAAUGUAAAUAACUCUUGUGUAGGUGGGAAAGGUGAACUAACUGUUAUUAAGGAAAUAUUUUUUUUCAUAAUUUAUGUAAUUAUUUCUUUGGAGGAUGUUGAGUGAAUGUUCAGGAGGUUCAUCAUUUUGGCAAAUUCUGUACGACAUCGAAGAAGGUCAGAAGAAUAGAAUGCCAGUUUGUUACCUCUGCUUUUUACCAGGCUGGUCGUCCUCUGUUUUUGUCGCCCUAGAGAUGCGCACUGAGGCUAGGUAGCUAACUUUGACUUGGGUUCCCUGCACCUUUCUGAUGUCAUUGAUUAACCAGCUACCUCUGUUAGGGAUGUGACAUGGUUCCUGACCUGGUGUCUCUCCUGACGUGAUUCCAACAUUACGUUACGUCUUGAAAAACAUCCAUCUAUGGUCAUCUCGGAUGUGUACCGGUAUUCAUUGCAAAGAAAUGACCCGGUAUGGCCAAUCAAGUAACCAGCUUCACCUAUGACUGACAAAAAGAACCUUGCCUACAUUCAUUCAGCACGUUCAAGAAUUUUUUAUGUAGUUUUGAGCAAAAUUGCUGCUGUGUUGGAGCCUGUUGCAGACAAUGUGUGGAAAUGAUUUGUUGGGUUUGGCACUGCUUUUAUCAGGGUGGACAAGCAUGUCCGAGCUUUAUUGAUGAACUAGACCAUGCUUUCCUCGAGAUUGUGUUUUCUGGCAUGUUUGUAAUUGUAUGGAUGUAUGGAUCUGGUUUUCUGGACCUAAGUCUCCACAAGCUUAUGAACAAAACCCAGGACCAUUCACAUUCCUUAUUUUCUACAUUGACCAUAUAGAUUAUCCUAGUCAGAUGAACCAGUCAGCUGUGAUAUUGAAGUUUUAUGACAUUAUAAAAUGUCGUAAAUAGAGAACCCAAUAAGUAAUAUAUAUACAUUGUACAUGUAAAAGCCAAAGCUAUUAAAAAAAGUGAAUGGUCACCAAAUAUUUAUGCGCUUAUGCUUCAUAUAAGAGACAAAUGUGUCGAAUUGACAUAAACCCGCUGAUUUAUUGACAGGUGAAUGAUAUAUAAACCCACAUUUUACCUCGUGGUUGUUAUCUAUCAAAAAUGGGUUUUCUGAUUCAAGACAACAUUCUCAAGAUACUUGAAAAUAGACAUGACAUUCAGAUCCUUCUAAAAUAUGGUAUGUUUUAAAUUCAAAGUUCUAAAUUAGGUUUGUUCCAAUUGAAAAUUUAUUGUGAUUUGAUAAGUAUGGUAUGGUUCUCCAGAGAUUAGGUUCGCUCUCAGAAGUUGCAAUGUAGUCUAUGUUGGUCUGUGGCUGAUUUUGCUAUUGAAAAAAAAUAAAGUUUAUAAAGUAAA